AUGACCAUCGUGAUCUACCUGCGGCGAAUGGAGAUCCCAGGAGCUGUUUUCUUAGGACGGCGUAUGUCAAGAGCUACGCCAAUCUUUAGGGAUGCAAUUCAUUCUCAAUCACUGUCGGCAGUGGAAUCUGCCCAUCGGAAGAAGUCACAUUUCUCCGCUAAAGUAAAGGAAACAUUAUUGGUAGAAAAGCUUAAGAAAUAUGAAGUUUCCCAAAUUCAAGGUCCAAAUCCAGAAGAAAACUUAACAGGAGAGGAAAGAUUUUACAUAAAAAAGAUGGCACAAAAAAGGUCUAAUUAUGUGCCAAUUGGAAGGAGAGGCAUAUUUGGAGGAGUAAUUCUUAACAUGCAUUUACAUUGGAAAAAACAUGAAACAGUUAAAGUUCUUUGCAAACCCUGCAAACCGGGUCAGGUUCAUGAAUAUGCUAAAGAGUUAGCUCGGCUGAGUGGAGGAGUUCUGAUAGAAAUUAUUGGAAAUGAUACAAUAAUAUUUUAUCGCGGCAAGAACUAUGUGCAGCCGGAAGCACUUGAAAAAUCGAAGUACGAGCAAUCUUUAGAAACUGUGAGAAGAUUUAUCGCAAUAGCUGAGAAGGAACUAGAACUUUAUUACAGACAUAUUGCACUUUACGGCAAUCCAAAUACUCGAAAUGCAGAUUUUGUUUACGACCAAGAAAGAAAAAGGCUCCCUAACACAAAAAAUAUGGUUUCAAGAUUUGUUGCAGAAGAAAAUGCUGCUGACUGUAGCAAAACCUUUUCGGAAGAACCUCUGGAUGAAAUUAGUUUAAAUAAUGAAUAUUUUAGUGCAGAUGAGGCUGCUUCUGAUGACUAUUUCAUCGCUGGAAUUGAAGAUGAUUCUGAUGAUGAAAAUCUCACAGGAACUGAAACAGAUUCAGAUGAUGAACUUGGAGAAAUUAAGGUUCUGCAGUAGAAAAAAUGCAUGAAGAAAUGGCAUCCCUAAUCUAUUUUGUACAAAAGCAGCUCUUAUGUGGAGAGUUAUGGGGUUUCUUGAGAAACUUCAAAACCACGGGAAGCUGAACUCAUAGUUGUCACCACUGCUGCAACUUACUAACCGCAACAAGGGAGGGUCCUCAUGUUGAAAAGGAUGUAAUAUAAAUUGCAGAUAAUAUAUUUUAUAUUCCUUUUAGCAUAUUUUUGCAUAACUACUGCAUUGUAUUUUGAAUUCUUCAGACAACGAAUAUGAUAAGCAAAAAUGCUCUUUAGCAUUUAUUGCCUUUUUUCUUAA